AUGGCUGACGCAGGGAUUGAACGUCGUGUUGACAUCCAAAUUGCUUCUUCGGAAGAUUUGAUGUGUGGAUGGCUCUACCCGUCCCAAACAUUUACGGCAUCAAAUCCUGGAGCCGCCAUCGUAUUAGCCCACGGCUUAGGUGGAACGAAAGAGCUAAAGCUUGAUGUGUAUGCCGACAAGUUCAAUCAAAUGGGAUACACAUGUGUCGUCUUCGACUACCGCUGCAACGGAGCAUCUGAGGGUCUGCCAAGAGGCCUGAUUGACUGGAAUCAACAGCAAGAUGAUUGGAGGUCUGCCAUCAAAUAUACGCGUCAAUUGGAGAACGUUGAUCCAGACCAAGUCGGCAUUUUUGGAACAUCUUUCAGUGGAGGGCAUGUCAUGCAGAUCGCCGCUACUGAUAAGAGAAUCAGAGCUGUCAUCUGCCAAUGUCCUUUCACCGAUGGCUGGCAGAGUAGUCUCUGUGCAAGCACUACGACGAUCCCGAAGCUUGCAGGCCUAGGUUUUUUGGAUCUCCUCUUUGGUACCGACAAACAUCCGAUUAAUAUAUCGCUUUUUGGCAAGCCAGGAGAAGCUGCUUUUCUGAAUGCUCCAGACGUGCUCAGCACUUUUAUGCCACUUGUCCCUGAAGGAUUCCCAUUUCAGAAAAAGGCGCCUGCUCGUCUGGCGUUGAAGCUCCCAUUUUUGAGACCUGGUUCUUACGCAUCGACGAUCGAAUGCCCGAUCCUGUUUGCCAUAUGCGGCAACGACUCUGUUGCACCUGCUGAUGUAACUAUGGCAUAUGCGAAAGAGACUCCUAAAGGUGUGAUUAAGUGGUAUGAAAACGUAGGCCACUUUGAGAUUUACUAUGGUGAACCAUUUGAAGUGGCUCUACGGGACUAUAAGGCGUUCCUCCAGGAAUACUUGCCAAUUAAGGGCCAGGGUGAGGCAUAA